AUGGUGGCUAAAGAUGACGAUAAAAGUACAGCUGUUGCGGUGAUGAAUAUCAAUCAAGAAAAACGAAAAAGAGCUGAAAGCAUUGAUAGGUAUGGAGAUGAGCCACCUUGUCGCUUUACAAUACCGGAUGAUGUAGAGCGAAGCCACUAUGCGAACUUCUCGCCACUGUAUAAAAGCAUGGAGGACUUUCUCCUAAGGCAUAAACAUCGUCGAGGAAACGAGAAAGCAUAUUUGGUUGCAGAGAAAAACGUCCGCCGAAUGUUCCAAAACGCUUUUGCCUCAAAAGCCGCCAAGCUGGAGAAGGAGCGCAAGAAGAAAGGGGAAUCGUUCACCUCACUUCAAGACGAAGCAGAGUCGGCUACUGUUGAUGAUUCAUCAGAGAGGUUUCAAUUUGUGGGAAUUGGUGAUGAUAUAAAGAAAAUAUUGGAGUCACCAAAAAAAUUUUUUGAUGCUCCGAAAAACUGUUCACCAUCGCUAAAGUAUACUGACGGUGGUUGGUGGUACCGUCGUACAAGACCACGCAUCUAUCCGACGGUUGUAGUUGCCGAGUUCAUUGAGAAACGUGAUGUUGAAAAGGACUGCAACGAAGAUGUAAACGUCUAUCGCCUUUCAAAAACGUUAACUAUACGGAAUUCCGGGGUAUUUGUUGAUGAUGGAUUAUACUACAAUGUUCCUGGUGCUCAACAGAAUUGUGGACAUUCCAACUCGAUAGUGCUCCGAAACAAAGAUCAAGAGCCGAAUAUUAUGGCAUUAAUUCAGAACGACGAGGUUGUCAGAAAAUUCUUCGCUCCACUGCUGAAAGACGCUCGAAAGCAUUGA